AUGCUCUCGACAGUCUCUGAACAAACGCCUGCCUCGCUCGACAGAUCGGAGGUGCGGAUCAUCCUCGCGGACCAGGAGCCUGGCCAUCAUAUCACCUCGGAGAAAGAACCUCCCAACGUAACAGGAGCUGAUCCAGCCCCGGAUGGAGGUGUGCGUGCCUGGCUGGUGGCAGCGGGAGCGGCAUCAGUCUUCUUCUGCACACUUGGUCUUGCCAACUCUUUUGGUACGUUUGAAGAAUACUACCUGACCCAUCAAUUGAAAGGCAACACAGCGUCUGCCAUCUCAUGGAUUGGCUCCCUGCAAUCCUUCCUACAGUUCUUUUCAGGAAUGCUGGGAGGCCCCCUCUUUGAUCGCUUUGGUGCCCAGGUCUUCAGGCCCUCUGCCAUUGCCUACAUCUUCGCCCUGAUGAUGCUGAGUCUGUGCAAAAAUUAUUGGGAAGCCAUGCUUGUGCAGGGGGUGCUGAUGGGUCUGGUCAUGGGCUUUCUGCAGAUUCCGGCCUUUGCUGCAGUGUCGCAAUACUUUGACAAGAAGCGGGCUGGAGCCCUGGGCCUUGCGGUGGCCGGGUCCUCAAUUGGGGGAGUCAUCAUGCCUAUUAUCCUAUCCAAGGGGUUUAAUGGCUCCUCUCUGGGCUUUGGCUGGACAGUCCGCGUGGUCGCCUUUGUCAUGCUGCCAUUUAUGGGCCUUUCCUGUGUUGCUAUCAAGUCCCGCGUCCCACCUCGGAAAACCCAUUUCUUCCUCCUGGCCCCCUAUAAGCAGCCACGAUUCAUCCUGCUUUUCACGGCACUCUUCUUCAUGUUUAUAGGCAUGUUCACCCCCAUGUUCUACCUUACCACCUAUGCCACCACCAAAGGCAUGAGCGCGACGCUAGCUGGGUACCUGCUGGCCCUGGUGAAUGCCGCCUCAACCUUCGGCCGGAUUGUGCCAGGAGCGCUGGCGGAUAAGUAUGGUCGCCUGAACACCUUUGCCAUUGGCGGCGUGGCCACAGGUAUUCUGGUCUUCUGUAUGACCAGCGCCACCAAUAAUGCUGGCUUGAUCGUCUAUGCCAUCUUCUUUGGGUUCUGUUCUGGCGCAAUUGUCUCAGGUGCCUCAGCUACCUUCUCCAGCUGCCCGGACAACCCACAAGACAUUGGCACGUACAUGGGAAUGGGCAUGGCCAUUUCGGGGUUGGGAGCUCUAGUCGGUCCCCCUAUCAAUGGCGCCAUCCUCGCUCGGUAUGGAGGUUAUUUCGAAUGCUGCAUGUUCAGCGGUGCGAUGGGGGUGUUUGGCGGCCUCAUUGCAUUUGCAGCUAAGUUGACCACCAAGGAGGGUCUUUGGGGGGUGGUUUGA